AUGGACACGCUAGUGCGCGACCCCUUCUACCACCACAUCCCUGCCUUCUUCCAGAUGACCAUGCCGGAGUUGCUGCAGCAGAAGCACCCAACGGCGUGGGUGGACUUUGAGUGCGGCCGCAUAUCAGAGCACCAGCUGCACCAGCGCUUCUUUGCUGACGGCCGUCACUUCGACCUGCAAGGGCUGAAGGCAACGAUGCAGGGGGCGUACGAGUGGGUGGAGGGCAUGGAGCCCUUGCUCGCUGCCCUCAACGCUCACGGCUUUGCCACCCAUGCCUUCACCAACUACCCCCCCUGGUACCAAAUGAUAGAGGACAAGCUGCGCCUCUCACGCUACCUGCACUGGACCUUCGUCUCCUGCCACAUGGGUGUGCGCAAGCCUUCUCCCGAGGCGUAUGAAGCAGCGCUGGCAACCCUCACUGUUGACCCCUCCACAUGCAUCUUCAUUGAUGACAGGGAGUCAAAUGUGCUAGCAGCACGAGGCAUGGGGAUGACAGGAAUAACAUUCCAGUCGGCCAAGCAGCUUGCUGCCGAACUCUCACCCAUCCUUAAUAUUGAACUUUAG